ACGCUUCCCCAGCUGCAUUCUGGUCUAGAAUCUCAGCCUCGCCUUGAUUGCGAUACGCGGUUCCCUGCCAGACUGCCACAAGCGCACUAGCUGGUCGCAAUUUGGGCUCCGCUCCGCCUGCAUUCAGUACUCAGGGUUGCACUACUGAGAGCCUCCGUCCGCGAUAACGGCUGGUCCAGUGGUCCUGUCUCCUCGCCCGUCUCCUCUCCUGUCUCCUCCAGCGCCCGGCAUUAUUACUGCGCGCCGGCCGCCCAUGAUUGUUGGCCAUUGGAUCUGCGCAUUGCGGUUUCAUGUGCGCGCUGUCCGCUUCACCUCCGCCUCCGCCUCCGCCUCCGCCGCCGAUACUCGUACCGUGUAGACCACCACGCUCGCGUGCCACAUUGCCGCGAGCAUCCACGCCGAAUCCGCCCCCAACCCGUUCUAUUCACCGUCCGCGCCCGUUGCUCCUGCCUCCAUGAACCGCUGGCGGGCCAAGGUAUUCAAAAAGGACGACGAUGCGCCGCCGAAAGACACGAAGCCGGCGAAGCAGGGCUCGUUCAAGCUCGACGACGACGUGAACGACUUCCUCAAGCCCUCGACCGACAAAGCCCAGGCGCGCCAGCACGAUGCCGCCGCAGCCUUCCUCGCGAACGCGAACAAGCCCCGCAUCGACGUCGCCAAGGCCCAGCGGUGGCCCGGCGCGAGCGACAUAUUGAACAGCGCAGCGGGCAAGAGCCCGGGCAUUGGCGGCCUGAAGACGGGCAAUGGCAGAAAGAAGGGCCUCACCGUGAGCUUCGUGCGCACGCAGCCCAUCGUGAUCGGCGAGGGCGGCGACGAGUGCGAGGAGCCGUCCAUUGAGGUCUACAGGCGGAAGAAGUCGAACAGCAUGUCGGACCUGGACAAGCUGGGCUCACAAUCGUACCAGGACGACAUGAACCUGGGCACCCGCAGCCCCAAGUUCAACGGCAUGACUACCAGCACGAAUCAGCAAGCCGCGCAGAGGGGCAUCGUCACAAGGACUUUGACCUCGGGCGGGGAGAUUUCGUCGCCGCUGCGACAAAAAUUGGAAGUGGGAAGCAUCAACACCCAUGCAAGCCCACCACUGCCGCCCCCGCAGCGACUGGGUCCGAUGGGCCUGGGCGAGCGACCUCGGGUCCUCCAGCGAGCGCCCACCGGCUUCGACGUGCAGGACGAUACUCCCGCAAGACCGAGCAUGGACUCUACAUACUCGUACGAGUCGGAUAACCUAUCGCCUGUCACCUCAAUGAAGGCGCCAAGUCUGGCACCGAUGCAGGAAGAGGAGGAAGAUUUCCAGCCGAAAUCGCUCAAGCGAUCGCAGACCGGAUGGAGCGAGCAUACAGGCGACUCGGACGAAGAGCCGGCGCCUGUAAGGCCAGCGGUCCCGCAGUUGCCAGAAGUAGAAUUGGCCGAAGAUGAUUCGCCUCUGCAUAUGAAGGCAAUGCUUGCGGAGCGCUUCCUGCAGAGCGAACCAACGGAUCCAGAGUCGUUUUCCGCGAGAGUCAUGCACAGGAUGAGGUCCGAAGAAGGGAAAGCGCUGCACGAGGCUGCUCGAAGGGCAGCGGACGAGUCGAGGCCAGAUUCAGCAUCCAGCUCUAGCUCUUUCCAGCCCGGCUCAAUGCAGUCGAGUGCUUUCCAAGUAGGAACCCCCCCGUCAGCUCCCAGCAGUCUAAUUGGCAAGACCCCGCCACGAAUACCCUCCCGCGAGCCACCUCCACCAUCCACCUCCCCGCAACAUGGCCUAGGUGCGGAAGAUCCUCAUCGCUCGAGAGCUCGUGGACCAUCACCUGGAAGACCUCCAAUGCCCCCGGGAACCUAUCCUUUGGACACUGAUCCGCGGCCACCCUCGUCAUCCUCUUCUCAGUAUACCAUGCCCUCCGCAGCCUCCCGGACUCGGCGAUCGCCUACCGGGACAGUAGAGCCACAGUCAGCAGCUACCACCGGCUCCGUUCAGCAGACACCUGCCACAGCAGAGAAGGCGCCAUUUUCAGCUUCAACGGAUAGCCAGAGCUCCAUACUGCCAACACCGCCUCAGUUCGAGCGACGCGAAUUCAUCUCCCCUCCGCAGACUGUGCCCCCACCACCUCCUCCACAUGUUAAAGGCGUGAGCGCGCCCGCCGCUCCUCAUAGCAACAAAGUGCCGACAAGGCCCCGACAAGAAUCCGCCGGCCCUGCUUCUCUUGCUCGCUCGGAUACGAAGGUCCAAGCGGAUAUGGCGUAUACAGACUUUGGCGAGCGAGUCGAACAUAUGCGGGGGGUGUUUCAACUCAUGGCGCAGUUGCCUGGCCAGAUAUUCGACCGCACACCGAUGGAAUGGCUACGAGUCGCUAUUUGGUGGUUUCUGAAAGGGCGCACCGGGAUGGAAGCUUUGAUCAGGAGCCGAUCGCAGGACGCAGCGCCUCAAAUGGAACGGCUCACCCAGCCUCACGUCGAUCUUGCGAAGACCUGGUGGAUCCUCUCUGAAGUUGUCCAGAAACAUCCUGGUCUAAGAAGAUAUGGUGAUCAACGGAUGGAAACACAGGCGAGAGCAGCAAGAGAUGCAGGAGACCUUGCUAGUGCGGAAGUGUAUGAGGUUCACGAUGCUGUUCUCUCAUCGUUAAAGAUGUUGCUCGGUUCGAUGAAGAGACAUCAGAGUAUGCCUCCCACCCAAGCGCUCAUUCAGGGCCAAGACCAGAAGAUAUGGGAAGAGUAUCCGAAAUUCCGCCCGGAAGCAAAGAGUGUCCUUUCGGGCCCUGCAUCGAAAUCCGUGCAGCAGAUCAAUGCAGCAAACUUCAUUCCCGUUGGCGAUACUAAGACCGACUUCUGUUAUUUCAGAAUGUUCGUUCAGGUUUCUGUAUCGACGGAUGAUCCGGAUACGGACCGCGUGCCACUACCCGCCGUGAUCUCGAUACUUCGCUCCCGGGAGGACUUCAAAGUCAGGCUCGCGAUCUGCACCCAGCACGACCUUGUCAAUCUCAUGGUGGGCUCAACUCCAGAUAUAGGCCCGACGUGGAGGGAUGUGCACUGGAAGACCAAGUCCAGAGGUUUUAGCAUUGAAUUGCGUCACGGAUUCACCCUCAAUGCGGACCUCACCGAGCCCGACUUCCGCACCCUUUGGAACAUCGUAGAUCACACGAACAGAGUCGAGAGCCAUCUUCGAGAACGAAGCGGCGAGCGAUAUGCUACUAGAUUGACGCUCCGCGAAGCCGGGUAUAAGGAUUCGGCCAAUAGCGGUGCUUUCCCUCCGACGCGCGUUCCGGGUUGCAAGCUAUACGUCUUUGAAAAGUUUGAACUGAGCAGCGAGGGCACGGGCAAGAGGAAGCUGCAUCGCGGCUACAGAAUAGUCAUGGUUACGCAUCCGAAAAACCGGACCGUGAGCUACGUCAAUCACGAGCUGGGGACGAAGAACGAGCCCAUGAACUUCGAGUACGGUACUGAACCGGAUCAAGCCCCGAGUAUGACGCUCCGGUUCAAGGAAGAGACACCGGAGAAGAAGCAGAAGCUUUGCACUAUGCAUCUCGUCUUCAAUGACAACAAGGAUAGGAAUCACCUUUUUGGAACCCUCACCUCGAUGAACAUUGCUUCAGAUGAGGCGGUCUUCGCGCAGGUUCCCUUGAAGGCUUUCAGCAUUGAAAGUGCGGAUCAGGCAGAGGGGUUCAGCCAGAGUGGCCAUGACGUUCUCAAGAGGCUGCAGUGGCAGGAAGCGAAGACGAUGAACCAGGAUCCAGAAGCAGCCGGUCUAGAGUCGGCGCCGACCGUUAUGAGCGAGAGCCUGAGAAUUCUGUGUAGACAUACUGCUGGCGUUAUUUCGGAUCGGAUGAACUUGGGCCCGGGUGAACUCCUCGUUCGUCUGCCGAUCGAUGGCGCAGCAGAACUCACACUCCUCCGUAAUCCACAGCACGACAUGUCUAUUGCUAUUGAUGGUUCGCGCAUAGGCAAAGACAUUCCAGACGCGCUAGCCGAACUACUUAGGACGCUCACAAAUGCUUCGACUAUCAGACGCCUGACGUUCAAUUCGUUCAAGGAUCUUCAUGCUUUCCAACUCGCUGUUACCGGCUUUCGCGUCAGAUUUGACGGCAUCGCCUCCACCUUCUCCAUCUCCCGUCGCCGCAUGGUGGUCCCGAUCUACAAGCAAUGGACCGCCAACACCAUCCGCAUCCAGAUUGUAGAACAAGACAACAUCGUCCAGCUCCUCGCUUUCUUCGAGGAGUUCUCUCACGCCGACGCCAUGAACUUCCAGCUCCGCCCGAUGGACGUGUUUGAGAAGACCGACAAGGGCGGGAAAGCGUGCGUCAGGCUGGUGGACUGCAAGUUUGCUCUGCCGGUUGACGAGCGGAGAGGCGAAGGCAAGAUGCAGAAGGAGGAGGGCAGGCUCACAGGCUGGGCAGGCAUGAAAAGAAAGUUUGUGUGCCUGGAUCAGAUCGAGUAUCCGGGCGAGCAUGAUGAUAUUGUCAUUGCGUUUGACAGCGCGGAGACGCGUGAUCGCUUUGCCGAAGCGCUUCCGGCUGCGACGCAAGUCUCGCGCGGUCUCACCAUUCGAAGAAAGAUCUAAGCGAUACCAAUUUCUUGGAGCUGUCCGUAGUACAUCGCCCGGUCGAAAAAUAAGGAAUACGGCACACCGAUAUACCCACUACUUUUCAUUCUGGAGCAACAAUUUCUGGACUCAUAGUCUCCUCUUAUCGAAACCGGGCUCGUCCCUCAAUAUCUUGUUUCCUUUGUUGACUCAAACUAUUUUCAUAGGCUGGAUUCGAAUAUGUUAGCUAGCAUGGCAUUAUAUGGAGCUGGGGCUUCUCCGACAGGAGUGGAGCUAGGGGUUAGGGUUGAUGGCGUUUCGGCGCAUGCACAGUUGGGGACCAUGGUAGGAUGGGAUUGCACCAGAUUGUUUUCUCUUUUUUGUUGCUUCUGCAUUGCAUCGGUGGAGCCUGGGGGCUGGGUACGAUAUCACUCGGGAUGAGGGAGCGGGGGAGUAGGUAGGAAGUGCAAACGAAAAGAGGAUCGAAAGUGGAAUGCCGGUGUUCCUCUCGUGUC